AUGACCCGAACAAUAGAUGCUUUAAAACGUAAUAAAUUAAUACAAGAAGAUAUUCGUGAAUUAGACGAUUGGAUUAUGGAUAAAGAACGUGAAAUAUUACUUGAUGAUGGAUCAAUAUUUUAUCAUGAACAAAUACGUGAACGACUUGAACAGUAUCAAAGACUUCAAACGGAACUUACUCUUAAAGAACAUACUGUACGAACUUUAAUUGAACAAGCUAAUCAAUCAUCACCUGAAUUAGCACAACAAAUCGAUACAAUUAUUUCAAAUUGGUCAAAUUUACUAAAAAGAGUUGAUAAUAAAGUUAUAUUUUAUACAGAUCUUUAUAAAUUACAUGAAGAAUUAAAAGAUUUACUUUAUCAUGAAAAUAUUUGGCUUGACACAUUACAAAAUAGAAUCUAUACAACAGGAAAUACUAAUGUUGAUCUCGAAGAUGCAUCUGAAGAACUCGAUAGUCUCGAACGUUUUCUUAAAGCUCAUUCAAAAGCUGGUUAUGAAAAAGUUUUUGAAAUAUCAGAUCGUCUUCAAAUAAUGAAAGUAUCAAUACCAGCAAUCAAUAGUCAAAUAAAUCAAUUUCGUAUUCGUUGGGAACAAUUACAUGAAGAUGUUACAAAAAAAAUUCAUACACUUAAUUCUCAAAUAUCUGAUUAUCAACAAUUAAGACACCAAAUAACAGCUAUGUUUGAAUGGAUGAAUCAUACAGAUUCAAUACUUAAUUCAAGAUUAAAAGAUGAUGUUUAUGCUAGUGAUGUACCGAGUGAAGCUGACAAAUUAUCUGUUGAAUUUACUCAAUAUGAAACAUUUUUACGUACGAUUGAAGAUAAAAUUCAUUCAUUACGUAUUAUAGGAAAACAUGAUGCUGCUAAACGACUUGAACAACAAUUUAUUUCAUUAAAAAAUCAAUUUACUCAAUUAAAAAAUAAAUUUCGACAAUUUCAAAAACCAUCCGAUUUUGAACCAAAAUAUGCUAAAAUGCGUCAAAUUUUACAAGAUGUUGAACAAAAUAUAUAUACACUUGAAAUACGUUCUGACGAUCCAGAUGUAGUUCAUAAUCAAUUAGAACAUUGUUUAAAACUUUAUAAAACUUUAUCUGAUAUUAAAUCUGAAGUUGAAUAUGUUAUUCGUAUUGGACGUGGUAUUGUUGAAAAAGGUCAAACAGAUGAAGCAAAUGAUGUAACAAGACAAAUUGAUCAACUAAAAGCAAUUUAUAAUACACUUGGAGCUAAAGUAUCAACAUCAAGAAAUCAAUUAGAUAGUGUUGAACGUCAUUUACGAAAAUUUCGUAAAGAAUAUUCUCAUAUUCAUGAAUGGUUUGUUAAAGCUGAUCAUGAAAUACGUAAAAUUGAAAAUAAACAAGUAUCAAAAAAUACCAAAGAAGAAACUGAUUGGAUACGAACAACCAGAAAUGAUAUUAAAAAACUUGAAGCUAAUUUUGAAAUAUUAAGAAAUUUAGAACGUACAAUACAAAAAGAUGCUGAAAGAUCAUUACCUAGUCUUUAUGAAAAAAUAAAUGAAUUAAAACGACAAAUUGAUCAAUUAGAUCGACGACUUAAAGAUCGUUUCGAGAUAGUCGAGGUAAUAAAAACAAAACCAUUAUUCAUUUAG